CACGUCUCGGCGCGGCCUCUGGGCCGAGCUUGGCGUCUCCUUACCAUGACCCGGUCCCUUCUCAGCGAUCUCUCUUGACGCCUCCUCCGCCCAGGGCAUGUGGAUCCCGGCGGGUCGCAGCUGGUGGCGCGGUCGGGCGCUGGCGCCCUGGGCUUCAGGGCCCGCCCGACCCAGGUUGCCCUGGUCCCGGCCGGCGCCGACCCACGCGGUCGCCACGGAUCCCCGGGCGCCCUCCAGGCCCUACGGCUCUGCAGAGCUCAAGGAAACACCUGACAUGUCUAGAUUUCCUGUUGAAGAUAUCAGAAAUUUCAGUAUUAUUGCACAUGUAGAUCAUGGCAAAAGCACUUUAGCUGACAGACUCCUGGAACUAACAGGGACAAUUGAGAAGACAACGAAUAACAAACAAGUUCUUGAUAAAUUGCAAGUGGAACGAGAAAGAGGAAUCACUGUUAAGGCACAGACCGCAUCUCUGUUUUACAGUUUUGGAGGAAAGCAGUAUCUUUUAAAUCUCAUUGAUACACCAGGACAUGUUGAUUUUAGUUAUGAGGUGUCCAGGUCGCUUUCUGCUUGCCAGGGGGUUUUACUGGUGGUUGAUGCAAAUGAGGGUAUCCAAGCCCAAACAGUGGCAAACUUCUUUCUUGCCUUUGAAGCACAGCUGUCAGUAAUUCCAGUUAUAAACAAGAUAGAUCUGAAGAAUGCUGAUCCUGAAAGGGUUGAAAAGCAGAUUGAAAAAGUGUUUGAUAUUCCAUCUGAGGAAUGUAUUAAGAUUUCUGCUAAACUUGGAACAAAUGUUGAAAGUGUUCUUCACGCAGUUAUUGAAAGGAUACCUCCGCCUAAAGUGCAUCGCAACAAUCCACUGAAAGCAUUGGUAUUUGAUUCAACCUUUGACCAGUAUAGAGGUGUGAUAGCUAAUGUGGCGUUAUUUGAUGGCAUGGUUUCCAAAGGAGAUAAAAUUGUAUCUGCACAUACUCUAAAGACAUAUGAAGUUAAUGAAGUAGGAAUUUUGGUUCCUAAUGAGCAGUCAACUCAUAAAUUAUAUGCAGGACAGGUGGGCUAUCUGAUUGCUGGGAUGAAAACUGUCACUGAAGCACAAAUAGGAGAUACAUUGUAUUUACAUAAGCAUCCAGUGGAGCCCUUGCCUGGGUUUAAAUCCGCGAAACCAAUGGUAUUUGCAGGAAUGUACCCUAUAGAUCAGUCUGAAUAUAAUAACCUGAAGAGUGCUAUAGAAAAACUGACUUUAAAUGACUCCAGUGUGACAGUUCAUCGGGAUAGUAGCCUUGCCCUGGGUGCUGGCUGGAGGUUGGGAUUUCUUGGACUAUUACAUAUGGAAGUUUUCAAUCAGCGACUAGAACAAGAAUAUAAUGCUUCUGUUAUUUUGACAACCCCCACUGUUCCAUAUAAAGCUGUUCUUGCAUCAGCAAAAUUGAUAAAGGUUGUGAAAUAUUUAAUACCACUUUGUAUGAGCACAAAUAGAGAACUUCACAAAGGAGUAAAGGUGGCAGAAAAAUUAUAUUUUCUAAAAAAGAUGUGUAAUCUCUUAGGAAGUAUAAUGGCUAUCAUUUCAUCUUCUUUUCUCCUUGCUAGUUUUGAUUAUGAAGAUGCAGGCUACCAGACUGCAGAACUUGUAAAGAUGGAUAUUCUACUAAAUGGAAAUAUUGUAGAGGAGCUAACAACUGUUGUACACAAAGAUAAAGCAUACUCUGUUGGCAAAACUAUAUGUGAACGCCUAAAGGAUUCUCUUCCUAGGCAGCUGUUUGAAAUAGCAAUUCAAGCUUCUAUAGGAAGUAAAGUCAUUGCAAGAGAAACUGUGAAAGCCUAUAGAAAAAACGUUUUGGCAAAAUGUUAUGGUGGUGAUAUUACCCGAAAAAUGAAACUUUUGAAGAGACAAGCAGAAGGCAAAAAGAAGCUGAGGAAAAUUGGUAACAUUGAAGUUCCAAAAGAUGCCUUUAUCAAAGUUUUGAAAACACAACCUAAUAAAUAAUUCAUAGAACCAACCAAAGAAGUUUUGUCAAUUAUAAUUGAUGUUAUCUUUUUUUUAGUAACUCAUAAUAUGU